AGCGUAUGGUAGAUAAGGAAGAGGAGCAUAUGGUAGAUAAGGAAGAGGAGCAUAUGGAAAAUGAAAAUUUUAUUGUAGAUAACAAAGGUUUUGAUGAGGAUACUGUUGAUGGUGUAGAUAAGGAGGAAGAUAUUGUAGAUAAAGGCAAGGAGAAUGUAGAUAAGUUGGAAGCACAGGAGGAAGAGGAUCUUGUGAAUAUUGAACAUGAUGUGGACAAACUUGUAGAUGUUCUAACGAGCAAUGUGGAAGCAAAGCGUAGACCAAAGGCAAAAAGGGUAAGCAGGAGAUCUAAAUGGAAGAGGACACCAUAUACUGAAGGCAAAAGAAAGAAAAAGGAAAAAAUUAGUAUAGAUAUACUUGAAAGUCCUGAACCAAAAGUAAAACUAGCUGAAAAAGUUACUCAUUUUUAUCCCGGUAUUCAAAUCCCCACUUUUGAUGCGUUGAGUUUCAAGCCAAUGACAGAUGAAGAGGAAGCUCUAUUGGGAGAGCUGAAUAAUGAGCUUCCAGACCCUACAUUGUUUAACUUACGCAUAAUAGAUAGCACAGGUGCUUUUGUACAUAAUUUAAAGAUACCAUCUCCCGUAGCAGAAAGACUCGACAAAGCUGAAAUUGAUAGCCUAACCAAAUUUUGUUCUCAGAAGAUUCACAAGAGAUAUAAUGUUAUAGUAACAACCAACAGCACUAUUAACAGGGAAGAGUUGUUAUAUGUGCUUCGUGGUGGCCGCCUUGACGACAAGGUGGAAGAAGCAGUUUUGGACACGAUUAGCCAGGAGGCAUACGGCAAAGGAUAUGGAGUGGUAUCGGUGUUCUUUCUUGUAAGAACAUGCUAUUCCUAAUUUCACCACGUUAGUUUUGAUUGAAAUUCAUGUUAGAUCUUGUGUAAUCCAUGCUAGUUAUACCAUGAGUCACGUUAGUUCUAGUUAGCAUCAAAUUAGACCUACCAUAAGUCAUGUUAGUUCCGUUCUUUAGAGUGUUAGUUCUAUUCUGUAGAGUGUUAGUUCUAAUCU